UUUUUUGAUAACAAACUUUAUUUUAGUUAUUUUCUAUUUAUUACUGAGUGAUUUGCAGUAACUCAAAAUAUUAUAAAUUUAUGAUUUUAAAUUAUAAAAAAUAUAUACUUAUUUUUUUAGCACCCUUUUAGUGAAAUUUUAAUAAUUAUGGUUUUGCUAACUAUGAUAGCUAGAAUUCCUGAUGGUUUACCAUUGGCUGCAUCAAUGCAAGAUGAUGAACAGGUUGGAAGAAGACUUGUAGAGUAUCAAAAUCAAGCUAAGCUAUUAUUUAAAAAGUUAAAUUUCCAGUCUCCUCAACAAUGUACAAUAGAAUCAGUUCCAUACUAUUUUCAUUAUCUUAUUGAAAGAGAUGUGUGUUAUUUGGUUUUGUGCGAGAAAAAUUUUUCCAAACGUUCUGCAUUCAGCUUUUUAGAAGAUAUAGCUGCAGAAUUCAACAGAUUGUAUGGUAGACAAGUAUCAACUGUAACAAGGCCGUAUACAUUAAUUGAAUUUGAUAACUAUAUACAAAAAGCAAAAAAAAAUUACAUUGAUUCUAGAGUUCGGAGAAAUUUAAAUUCAUUAAACAAUGAACUACAAGAUGUGCAAAGAAUUAUGGUUCAAAAUAUUGAUGAUGUAUUACAAAGAGGAACUGUUCUAUCAGAACUUGACACUAAAGCACAAAAUUUAUCAAUUUUAUCAAAAAAGUACAAAAAAGAAGCAACAAAUCUCAAUUUAAAAUCUAUGUAUGUUAAACUUACUGCAGCAGCAAUUUUUGUUAUUAUAUUAUUUUUAUAUUUUUAUGUAAUGUAAAUUAUUUAUAUAUGUAUUUUAAAAAAGGUUAAGGUGAAUUAUACUGUUAUAAAUGUGAUCCUAUUAUGCAAUUAAAAUAAAAAUAACCCAGUAAACUUA